AAGGAAUACGAGGAUUGGCGAAACUGGAAAUACCAGACAUUGUCGGAGGUGUUGGAAGAAUUCCCUUCUGUGAAACCCCCGGCUUCCUUGGUUAUCAAACUAUUGCCAAAUUUGCAACCGAGAUUCUACUCCAUUUCUUCGUCUCAAGCAGUUCAUCCUAAAGAAAUACACCUCACUGUCGGGAUCGUGAUUUACAAAACACAAGGUGGCGAAGGACCGAAGCAUUUUGGAGUCUGUUCCACUUAUUUGCAAAAUGCUCCCCGAGGCGAAACAAUCCCAGCUUUCAUCCGAUAUGCCCCAACUUUUAGAAUGCCAGCUGAUCCAGAGAAACCCGUUAUAAUGGUCGGUGCUGGAACUGGAAUUGCGCCGUUCCGGAGCUUCUGGCAACAAAGACAAGCUGAAAUCAACACUUCAAGAGCUGAUCAGAGAUUUGGAUCGAUGGCGUUAUAUUUCGGCUGUCGUUUCAAAGCGUGGGAUGUUUAUGACGACGAGAAAACAGCGUUAGCGAACAACGGUGUGCUAGCGGAGCGACAUCUAGGUCUUUCUCGAGAACCUGGUAUCCCAAAGGUACCGUACAUUCGUGAGGUGGUAUCACGAAUGUUUUUCAGGCUGCAGACAACCGGCUUCAGCGAACAAUCGAAUCAUUGUUCAUGA